AUGGACACUAAGACGGGAAAGGCGCACAAUAAGUUAAAGCUUGUGAGCGUGAUGAACAGAGACUUGGAUGUCUACGAGCUGACCCAGGAGAGAAUGGGCUACAGCGGCGAUGUUUGGAAGAAAGAGACGGGAAAAUCACUGGUUGCUUCUGGUACCUGGCUCAGCACGGGUUGGUUCAGCAUGCUGGUUGCCAUGGAGAUGUGUGACGUCAUCAAAGUUUACGGAAUGAGCAGCGAGGACUACUGCAGGACCCAUGCAAACGACACGACGCAGUACCACUACUAUGUAAGCACACUGAAGGAGGUGGGGCCACACCUCAAGGAGUGUGACUUCUACAACCGGCAUCAAAGAGUUCCAAACGGCGCCCACCGAUUCUUUACGGAAAAGUCGAUUUUUGCACGAUGGGCACCUUUUCAUAACAUCACGUUUCACUACCCUUCUUGGAGUCCAUAA